CGAAGUCUUGACGGUGACGUAACAGGAAAUGUAAACAUAUUCCAGAAGCAGACAGAUUUUUAGCUUUUAUUUCUCCUCUUUAAGCUAAUUUUACCGGUCGAAGUCAUGCAAACGUGGAGUCUCGUAUCAAUGUGUGUGUUGCUAGGUAUUGUUGUGAGAUGGGGCGUUUCGUUAAAUUCAUAUUCAGGGGCGGGGAAACCUCCAAUGUUUGGCGAUUAUGAAGCUCAAAGGCACUGGCAAGAAGUAACCUACAACCUCCCUCUCCAGGAAUGGUACUCUAACACCACUGAGAAUGACUUGAACUACUGGGGUCUUGACUACCCUCCUCUCACUGCUUAUCACAGCCUGGUCUGUGCUUACGUAGCCAAAACGAUAAACCCUGAAUGGGUGGAUCUCCACAAAUCCAGAGGUUAUGAAAGUCCAGCGCACAAGUUAUUCAUGAGAGCUACAGUCCUGGUGGCAGAUUUGUUGAUAUACAUCCCUGCUGUGGUUUUAUACUGUUUAUACCUGACUGAUGGAUCCACUAAAAAAAAGGUUUGCACUGUGUUCUGCUUCCUUCUAUACCCAGGCCUAAUUCUUAUUGACUAUGGUCAUUUCCAGUACAAUGGAGUGAGUCUGGGCUUUGCCCUGUGGGGGGUUCUGGCUCUGGGUCUGGGCUGGGAUGCGUUGGGCUCACUGGCCUUUUGCCUGGCUCUCAACUACAAACAGAUGGAGCUGUACCAUGCUCUGCCCUUCUUCUGCUACCUGCUGGGGAAGAGUGUCAAACUGGGCCUGAUGGGGCGAGGGCUUUUCCUGUUGGUGAGAAUUGCUUCAACAGUGUUGGUGACUUUUGCCCUCUGCUGGCUGCCCUUCCUGUCUGACCCCGGUGACGCCAUGCAGGUGGUCAGGAGGAUCUUUCCCGUGGCUCGCGGCCUGUUUGAGGAUAAGGUGGCCAACGCAUGGUGCAGCUUGAACAUCCUGAUAAAGAUCAGAUCCAUUCUGUCCAGUGACUCCCAGAUCUACAUCAGUUUUGCCUGCACUCUCCUGGCAGUCCUACCUUCCUGCGUCAGACUUCUGAUGAAGCCCACCUUCUGGCAGUUUAAACUGGCCUUGGUCAAUUCAUCUCUGGCGUUUUUCCUCUUCUCCUAUCAAGUCCACGAGAAGUCUAUCCUCUUGGCUGCCUUAUCUGUCUGCCUCCUGCUGAAUGAUCUCCCCUUGAUGGUUAUCUGGUUCCUGCAGGCCUCUACCUUCAGCAUACUGCCUCUGUUUCUGAAGGACGGUCUGCUGGUGCCCUAUGCUGUGACCUCACUGGCCUUCCUCUUCUUCAGCAUCUAUCUCCUGUCUGCACUGGAGCACUGUUCAGAGGAGGAGCUGAGACUGGGAGCCUUUCACAAGCUGUUGUUCUGCCUACCCAAACUGGACCUGGCCAGGAUUGUAAGAUGGAAGUUCUACAUCAGCGUCUCAGCCAUGGCUGGUCUGAGUGUUGUGACUGUAGCUCUGGUUCCUCCAACACAUCUACCCGACUUGUUUCCUGUGUUGGUGUCUUCUACUGCGUUCCUGCACUUCUUAGGAACAUUUAUAUACUUCAACAUUGUCCAGUUCAGCGAGCCACCCAGCAGAAAGAGCCAGAAGAAGAACGACUGAAUGGUGCCAAAGACUGUGAUAUGCACAGCACCUUUUUUUUUUACCUAAUUUGCUUCAGGGAAGCCAGUGUCACACCAUGGGGCAUGUUAACGUGCAUGAAGGCUUUCAUUCGUGCCAUCAUGUCCCCAGUGCAAAUAGCACAAAUGUAGAACUGCAACGACAAGUCGAUCGAAAGAGAAUGAAUUGGCAACUAUUUUGAUAAUCAAUUCAUAAUUUAAGUAAAUUUUCAAGCAAAAAGGCCAAACAUUUGAUGGUUCCAGCUUCUCAAAUAUGAGAAUUUUCUGUUUCCUCUUCCUGCAUUAUAGUAAAUUAAGACAUUUGAUGACAUCACCUUGGGCUUUUGGAAAUUGUGACAGGCAUUUUCAGUUUUCUGAACUUUUAUAGACCAAAAUGAUUAAUUGAGAAAAUCUGCAGAUUAAUCGUUAAGGCAAAUCAUUGUUAGUUGCAGCCCAACAUAUGCUUAUUAAAGAGAUAUUGUGGGCUGAAAAAUCAUUAUACUACAAAAUGGCAACUCAGAAGAUGUGACAUCAAAGGAAAGAAGAGGAAAAUUCUGUCAAAAUCAGUCCUCUCUGUUACUAAAACGGAAUCGGAGUUACCAAACCUCUUUUCUUUAAUUAUUUUCAUUGGCCACUCUUCAAACUACACCAUUGCUGGCUAAUCUCACAAGUGCAUAUAGACAAGCAGUGUGCAGCCUACACAUUUGACCUUAGAUAACUUUGUGCCUGUAUGCCCAAGCUACAGACGGUGGCCACAAUAACAGGGACACCUGUUGUAAAGUUUAGUUAUUGUUAAGACCACGGGGAGAGGUGUUGAUUUAAUUUUGUGGUCACUUUUAAAGCCAUAGCUGUUGGUGUUGCUAGACUUAUUGAUAUUGUAAGGCAUUCCUGUUAUUUUGUCCACCCUCAGUACCUCCUCUGGGAAAUGUGAUGAAAACACAUAUGUAACUGUUAGUCAUUAUUCAUGUGAAUGUUUUUUAACGGUUUUCUACUGUAUAUUUUUAUCCAUCAUUCAAGUUCUUUUGUACAAACUUAGUUUUUGUGAAAAUAAAUAAAAUGUCUCAAUGACCUAAAGUGAA